AUGUCUGAAAAGAAGGGCGAGUACGUCGCCAUCCCGACCACGGACAACUUUCCUCCUCCUCCCCCUCCUCCUCCGCCAGCAAUUAUUAUCCAGCAACCUGCUUCUUGCAACGGUUGUAGCGCUCGCAAAGAACGCUGCCGCAAGAAAGCUCGUCGUGCCUUCAAGAUCUGUGUUGGUGCGAUGCUUCUUGCUCUUGCGACCAUUAAAGUUAUCUUGCCUGCUUUGUUGGCCGAACCUCCCGUAGCUCACAUUGCAGUUUCGCCAUUUGACAUCCCUCAUGGCAAGGGUCAUUUGAGCAUUCCCCAGGAAGAUCUCGCCGGCUUUGAGUAUGGUAGAGAAGCUUCCGAGUUUAUGGGCGGCUUGAAUGCUGCCUUUGGUGAACGCGGCCAUCGCGGCGACCGUCACCUUCCUCCAACACCCGUCAAGCUCGCUCCUGAAUGCUGCGCCAUCAAAGAACUCCGCGAACAGCCCGAGAGACCAAAGAAGCAUCAUCAUCGCCAUCACAAGCAACACCAUAAUGACGACAACGUUAACGACGUUAAGCGCGUUGAGAGGUUCGUUACUCCAUAUCCACCACCACCAGAAGGCUGCCCUUGUGGCCCUGUGCCCAAGCACGAUCGUAUGCACCGUCCUGGAUCUCUUUCACCUCCUCCACCACCUCCACCCCCGCAUCACCACAGCAUGGGCCACCACGGAAUGGCAGUUCGACCCCCACCUUCCGGAUCACCUCCUCAUCCCCAUUUCUGCAGCUCUGAAGACGAAUUGGAAGCAACCUCGAACGUGUUCACCUUUUCGCCCGAACAAUUCAAGCGUGCGGCAUUGUAUGUCGGCAGCGGCUUCCCUGACAGCGGCAAGGUGUUCUUCUCCAAGUCUGGUGAAGAAGGCAGCGACAUCAAAGUCAAUGUUACUGUCCUCCAUGGUAGCGAGCACGCCAUCAAGGCCACAACCAUCUCUGCUUUCGAUCAUGAGGGUCAAUAUGUCGUUGAAAUGAAGCGUCGCUUGCCUCAUGGACCUCGUUCACAUGGUAGGGAGCCCAUGGAACCACCUAUGGAAGGACAGCCACCUCACGGUCCCCCUCCUCACAACACCACUGAGCUUUGCGCCAAAUAUGAAAUUCAUGUCGUUUUCCCUGCCGAUCUCGAAGAAUUCGAAGACUUUGAUCUCCGUGUCCGCAAUGGUCAGAUCGACAGCUGCCCUAGCUUGAAGACCAUCGACUUUGCCAAAUUCAGUGCUGGCGUUGGCCGUGGUUACAUCAACUUUGCCUCUCUUAAUGUCCAAAAGGCCAAGCUCGGUGUCUUGUCUGGCCACAUUCGUGGUGAGUACGCUGUUUCUGAUACCUUAUCUGCCUCUGUUCUUAAGGGCUCGUCCGAUAUUUCGGCUGUCACCACUGGUGAAUCCGCCAAGAUUGCAGUUACUGCGCUUCACGGUUUUGCUCAAGCCCACUUGCCUGCUGAUGGUUUCGAGGGCAACUUUUUGGUCCACACUGUUUUCCGUGGUGAACCCUUGGUGCAUGCACCUGAGCCUACCGAUGUUCAUAUCAAAAAGUACAGACACAACUUGAAGGCCGGUUAUUACAAGGCCAAAGACACUGGCUACAAGGUCCUUGUCCACGUUAAGGACGGCGACUCUAAGCUCAUCUUUAACUGA